UUUUCUUCAGCGAGGCGGCCGAGCUACAGACGCAAACAUGCAGAUCUUUGUGACGACCCUCCCGGGCAAAACCAUCACCCUUGAGGUCGAGCCCAGUGACACCAUUGAGAACGUCAAAGCCAAAAUUCAAGACAAGGAGGGUAUCCCACCUGACCAGCAGCGUCUGAUAUUUGCCGGCAAACAGCUGGAAGAUGGCCGCACUCUCUCAGGCUACAACAUCCAGAAAGAGUCCACGCUGCACCUGGUGUUGCGCCUGCGAGGUAGCAUUAUUGAGCCUUCCCUCCGCCAGCUUGCCCAGAAAUACAACCGCGACAAGAUGAUCUGCCGCAAGUGCUACACUCGCCUUCACCCUCGUGCUGUCAACUGCCACAAGAAGAAGUGUGGCCAUACCAACAACCUGCACCCCAAGAAGAAGGUCAAAUAAGGCUCUUCUUUCCUUGAAGGGCAGCCUCCUGCCCAGGCCCUGUGGCCCUGGAGCCUCAAUAAAGUAUCCCUUUCAUUGACUGGAGCAGAAAAAAAAAAAAAAA